AUGAAGUUCCUCAACCUCGCAUCUCUCGCAUCCGCCGUGGUCGCCCAAUCCGACCUCGCCAGCAUUCUCUCCUCCCAAUCCGACCUCUCCACGCUCGCUGAGCUCCUCGCUCUCGUGCCCGACAUCGCAGAGACUCUCGCAUCCGCCAGCAACAUCACCAUCUUUGCUCCCACCAACGAAGCAUUCGCUUCAGUCCCCCUCGACAUUCCCGAGGGAGAAGCUAUUUCUCAGCGCAACGACACCAUCGCUGUUGGUGCUCUGCUGUCAAACCAUGUCUUCAAGGGCUAUUAUCCUGCCAAGGUUGCUACAGAUAUUCCUGUGUUUGUGCAGUCGCUACUGGACUCGAGCUUUGUCAAUUAUCGUCAGCCGUUUGGGAACUUUACGGGUGGUCAGUAUAAUGGUAUUGUGAAGGAUGGGGACGAUGUUGUUGUUAUUUCUGGUGAAGAGACUUUGUCCUAUGUGACUGAAGCCGAUAUCAAGGUCGGUGACUCGGUCAUCAUCCACAAAGUCGAUAAGCCUCUCAGCUUCGGUGCACCUCUCCAACUCUUCACCCGCCGCGACAACCUCCUCAACUUCAACGCCGCUCUCAACGCAGCUGAUCUCCCCUACAACUUUGGCAACUUGGACCGCGACUCCUCCACUCUCGUCAACAUUUCUGACUUCACCGUCUUCAUCCCCAACGACCCUGCCUUUGAGGCUAUCGGUUCAGUCCUCGAGAGCGCUGAUCUCAAGACUCUGCAGGAAGUGUUGAAAUACCACAUUGUCGAUGAUGUUCUCUUCUCUACUGAUCUGGCCAACGUCAGCGUUCCUAGUCUGCAAGGCGCUGAUCUGACGUUUACUGUUGCUGAGGAUGGAAGUGCAUGGGUGAAUGGUGCCAAGAUUCUCUUCACAAAUGUUCUUCUCUUCAACGGUGUCGCUCACGUUAUCGAUGGUGUCCUCAACCCUGCCGACGAUCCUUUUGACCGCGCUGAUCUCAAGCCCGCUGCCGACGCUGAUGACCGCCUUGCUUUCCCUGACGCUACACCCGUCUCCAAGCUCCCCUUCUCUGUCAUUAGCUACGCCGACGACAGCCAGCCUACUUACACCACCCCCGAGCUUCUCAAGACACUCAAGGCCAUUGACGUCUCAGCUCUUGCUACUGCUACUGCCACCGCUACCGCAGAUGCUACCACUGCUGCUGGAGAGACUACUCCCACUCCUACCGGAGUCACCCCCGUUGUCAACGCCGCAAGCUCCAAGUUCGUCGCUGGAGGAGCUAGUGUUUUCGCUGUCCUUAUUGCUCUCCUGAUGGUUUAA